UUCUCUCUCUCUCUUCUCUCUUACAAGAAACCAAAAAAAAUAAAGGAAGAAGAUGAGAAGCUUCUCAAUAUUUAUCCUCUUUUCCUACAAAGGCAGAGAGGGAGUCAGAGCAUCAAUUCCCUGCCUUUUUCCUGUCAUCUAAAACCCUCCUUCCUCUGCCCUCCAGAAAAGAACCCAACUUAAGAUCUUGAUUUCUCCUCAAAGGUCUCACCUUUCUCCACCCCGCGCCACAAGAUCCAAUCUUUUCUUGUGUUAGGCUUACCGGUAUUCCCGUCUUCCUGCGAAAGAUAACCUUUGUUGCACCCCGAAGGCGCCGCCUUUCUUCCUUUGGCUGGGUCUUGGAGGCGUCGGAGGAGGACCAUGAGCACGGCUGCCGCGGUCGAAGCCUCGUCGAUGCCACGGAAGCGAUUCUCCGGUCUGCGGGGCGUUCGUUGGCGUAUUGAUCUUGGGAUACUGCCGUGCUCGCCGUCGGCCUCGAUUGAUGAUCUCCGCCGCGUCACCGCGGAUACCCGGAGGAGAUACGCGAGUCUGAGGCGUCGCCUUCUGAUAGAUCAUCAUCCCCCAAAAGAUGGAGAUGCAUCUCCUGAUCUUACUGUGGAUAAUCCCCUGUCACAAAAUCCAGAUAGCAACUGGGGCCGCUUUUUCAGAAAUGCAGAGCUGAGGAAAAUGGUUGACCAAGAUUUGACGAGGUUGUAUCCUGAACAUCAUGGCUACUUUCAAACACCUUUAUGCCAGGCGAUGCUAAGAAGAAUAUUGUCGUUAUGGUGUCUCCAGCACCCAGAGUAUGGGUAUCGACAAGGAAUGCAUGAAUUAUUGGCUCCUAUUGUAUAUGUGCUUCAUGCUGAUUUGGAUCACCUGCUUCAAGUGCAAAAACCCUAUGAAGAUUGCUUUAAUGAUGAAUUUGAUGGAAUCACCUCGCCAGAAAAUAACCUGUUCUCCAACUAUAAAGUUAAAAGGGCCAGCGACUGGGACUCUGGAAUUGAAACUGAGAAUACUCACCACAUAAUGAGUGACGGCCACAGUCUGGAUGAAAUAGAUCCUGAUACAAGGGAUAUACUUUUGUUGAGCGACUCUUAUGGAGCAGAAGGCGAGUUGGGUGUUAUCUUGUCUAAAAAAUUUAUGGAGCAUGAUGCUUAUUGCAUGCUUGAUAACUUAAUGGAUGGAGCACAAGGUGUGGUUGCCAUGGCAAGUUUUUUCUCUCCUGUAGUUGGAUCCAGCACUAACUUACCUCCUGUGAUUGAAGCCUCAUCAGCAUUGUAUCAUUUGCUGUCCAUUGUGGAUCCUUUUCUUCACGCCCACCUAGUUGAGCUUGAGGUGGAACCUCAAUAUUUUGCCCUCCGAUGGUUGCGUGUUCUAUUUGGACGGGAGUUUUGCCUUGAGGAUGUUUUGGUGAUUUGGGAUGAAAUGUUCUCUUCCUCAAAUUGUAGAUUAAUAGGCGAUGAUGUGGAGUACAACUUUAAGGUCUUGUGUUCUCCCCGAGGUGCAUUUAUUGCGGCUUUGGCUGUCUCAAUGCUUCUUUAUCUAAGAUCAUCCCUUUUAGCUACUGAAACUGCAACCACUUGCCUUCAAAGGUUACUAAAUUUUCCACAAAAUCCUGAUACAAAGAAACUCAUAGAGAAGGCAAAAUCAUUUCAGGAACUUGCUCUUGUAUCGAACAUUGUACCCUCUUCAUCUCAGAGAGAUUCAAACAAGGGUCGGUUCAGAGUUAGUAGUGGGUACAGUCUUCCAUCUGGUUCAGCUUUUCCUGUGCCUCCGUUGCAUGUAGUGCCAGAUAGUUAUUGGGAAGAGAAAUGGAGAGUGUUGCACAAGGAUGAAGAACUUGGGGAACAAAGCAAUAGUGACCAAGGUUCAGCCAAGAAGAAAUUGGCUGAAAAACUAAGUUUAUAUAGGACAAAGUCAGAACCAUUAAAGGCGAAAAGUGCUCUUAAUCAGUCUUCCAUUAGACAAAUACUUUUUGAUGAUGUUUCUAGCGAUAUUGGAGCUGUUGAAAAUCAUGUUACAUCCGAAUGUUGUGAGGCUCCUAUUAAUUCAAACAACUUAAAUGUUGGAGAUUUUCCAGUUGUAUUGGCUGAUCAAAGGUCCUCCGAUUGGAUAGGUGAUGAAACACUUUUGAGCGGGGAUAACUCGGUGGUGGUGUCCAAAUUUGUUUAUCCUCAUGACAUAGGUAACGAACAUGAAAUUGACUCGGUGAAAAGCAGUGUAACUUCAAAUUCAUUUCUUUCGGACAAUGACGAAGAAACAUUUAACAUGGAGGAGCCUUGUAGUCAAAAUGUCAGCAAUGAGUUGGCCCAAGAUGCUGAAGCAACUUCAUCUCAUAUCGCUGAUGCUGUCCCAGAACAAAGAGAAACUCCAAUUCACUGGAAAUCCUUCGCAGGUAUAUUUCAGUGGUUUUGGAAGUUUGGUAGAGGCUCUAAUGAAGCAAGUCGUGAGUCACAAUCAUCCUCUGACGCCCGACAUACAAACAAGGAUAGCUUCGACACUACAACUUGUGAAGGGACUGAUAAUUCAUGUGGAGUCAACAAGAGGAUCGAAGUGGGCGACAAGAAAAUGAUACACACUUUAAGAAAUCUUGGACAGUCCAUGCUUGAGAAUAUUCAGGUUAUCGAAACAGUCUUCCAGCAAGAGAAGGGCAAGUUUGACUCAUUGGAUAACUUGUCAAACAACAUUCUUGGGGUUAAAGGUCAGAGUACAGCUAUAACAGCUUUAAAGGAGCUCCGGAAGGUAAGUAACUUGCUGCAAGAGAUGUAAGACGAGCUAAACAUCGAUUUAAACAAAUUGUAAUUACAUUCUUGUGUAGUUUUGUCAUAAACGUAACUCGUAGGUUCUUUGUUUUCUUUCUUCAAAUUUUUUUCCCAUUCAUUGCAAUGUAUAUAUCCGUCAAAGUAAGUGAGAAUUCAUAGUUCAAUCAUUAUCCA